AUGAAGAACGUCAACUCUUCGAUCCAGAAUACAUGUCCUGGGGAAAAGAUUUGGAUUGGGCUAAGGCAGGGAAGUUGGCGGUGGUCUCUGGGUGACAAGGGUUUCUACGGAGAGAAAGAGUUCAGCAACUGGACUCCAGACGAGCCACAUUUUGGAGAAACAACUCAGCCGACUGAAAAGCAUUGUGUUGCCAUUAAGGAUAAUCAGCAGCAGUAUUACCCAUGUGAAAGACUGUUUAAUCCCCUCUGCUAUGAUGAGAAAAACUCCACACACCCCUAUGUCCUGGUUUACAAUGGAAGGAACUGGACAGAUGCUCAGAGAUACUGCCGAGAGAAUCACACUGACCUGGCCAGUGUGAGGAACCAGACAGAGAGUGAGCGGAUAGCCGAGGCCAUCGGAUCACAUGACGGACAGGUCUGGAUCGGUCUGUUCAGAGAUGCCUGGGACUGGUCAGAUGGCAGCAAGUCCUCCUUUCGCCACUGGGGCGAUUGGGAGCCCAACUACGGCGCCAACAACCGCAACUUCUGUGUUGAAAUUAGUUCCACUGGUCGGUGGAAUGAUCAUAAUUGUGAUAAAUCCAGAUACUUUAUCUGCUAUGAAGACAAGCUGGUUCUGGUCCGCGAGCAAAAGAGCUGGAUGGAGGCUCUGCUGUACUGCAGAGAGCACCACGAGGACCUGGUGUCUGUGUCCUCCGAGCGGACCCAGCGCUGGGUGGAGGCCAGGGCCAUAGGAGCCUCCUCCUCCCAUGUGUGGCUGGGCCUGCGCCACUCCUGCAACUUUGCUUUCUGGUACUGGGUCAGUGGAGACAGAAUAUGCUAUGACAACUGGGCCCCAGGUGCAGAGAGAACGCCGGGCUGUGAUAUGGCUGUGGGGGCAGUGGGGAGAGACGGGGGCCAGUGGAUCAGCCUGUCAGAUACCCAGGAACUCAACUUCAUCUGCAGCACCAAUGCGUGAUUCUACCACACCGUUGGCAGCAGUGGACACCCUCUGAAGGAGGUGAAAUACAGUAAUUGUUUCAUUGUUGUGCUCUUUCGUCC